CAGAAACAAUAUGGCGGCGCCCAGUUUAGCCACACUGGAUUAAUACAAAAUCCGUUCUAAGUCUUUCGCUAUUUGUCGUACCGGUAGCAUUUGUGAUGAUUAGUAAUAGUGGAGUAAUGAAGACGUUUUGCGGUCGUGCUAACCCCACUACGGGAGCGCUGGACUGGGUGGAGGAGGGAGAGGAGUAUGAUUAUCAUCAGGAGAUCGCCAGGUCCUGUUAUGCCGAUAUGCUGCACGACAGAGACAGGAAUGAGAAAUAUUACCAGGGCAUUCGAGCAGCAGUUAGCCGGGUGAAGGCUCGAGGCGAGCGAGUCGUCGUUCUGGAUAUCGGCACAGGAACCGGUCUUCUCUCCAUGAUGGCUGUUACCGCAGGAGCGGACUUCUGCUACGCCGUAGAGGUGUUUAAGCCCAUGGCUGAAGCUGCAGUUUGCAUCUUAAAGAAAAAUGGCUUUUCAGACAAGAUCAAAAUCAUCAAUAAGCACUCAACAGAGGUUACAGUGGGUCCAGAUGGAGACAUGCAGGAGAAGGCAAACAUCUUAGUGACAGAACUGUUUGAUACAGAGCUGAUAGGAGAGGGAGCUUUACCCAGCUAUGAACACGCACACUUACACUUGGUACAGGAGGUCUGUGAAGCCGUACCUCACCGUGCCACGGUUUACGCCCGGGUGGUGGAGUCGGAGCGGCUGUGGAGCUGGGCACAGAUUCAGCCCAUGCAGGUGGAGGAGCACACGCUGCUGCCCCCUGCUGCUGUGACACGGUGCUCUGGAGCGCCCUCUGUCUGUGAUGUGCAGCUCAGUCAGGUCACUACGAGCUCCUUCACCAACCUCGGACCCCUGUGUACCAUGUUCAGUGUGGACUUCAGCAGACCGGUCAGCAGCGCUCCUCAGUCACACUCAUGCAGGUUUGUGGUGGAAGCCAGCGGUCGAGCUCAGGUAGUUUUGUCCUGGUGGGAUUUGGACAUGGACCCGAGCGGCAGCAUCGUCUGCUCCAUGGCCCCCAGCUGGACUUACUCUGACCCGCGAGACUAUCCUUGGAGGGAUCACUGGAUGCAGAGUGUGUACUUCCUACCUGCUGAGAGGAGUGUGUGUGAGGGAGAAGAGCUCAGCCUAACAGUCUCACAUGAUGACUACAGCUUGUGGUACAGCCUCUCCGACCGUGACCAAUCAGACGUGACUACACCGUGUUGUACCUGUCAGGCUCACCUGCUGUGGACGCGGCCGCGCUUCGGGGAGCUUAACGACCGGCGGAGACGAGAGCGUUACCUCAGCGCUCUCCGCAGCAUCCUCAGACCGGACAGCGUGUGUUUGUCCGUCAGCGACGGGAGUCUCCUGCCCAUCUUUACACAUCUGCUCGGAGCUAAAAAGGUGUUUAGUCUGGAAAAUUCCGGAACGUCAAAGCAAGUGAUCGAGCAGUUUUUGGAGGCAAACUCACUAAGACACGGCGUUCAGCUGCUACAGAUUCGUCCAGACCAGCUGACGUCAGCUGACCUACAGGGAGAACAGAUCUCUGUGCUGAUCGGUGAGCCGUAUUUCAGUACCAACCUGUUACCCUGGCACUCUCUGUUCUUCUGGUACUGUCGUACCGCACUGAGCUGCCUCCUCCGUCCCAAUGCCACCAUCCUGCCCUCCUCAGCUGUGCUGUACCUGAUCGCCGUGGAGUUCCAGGACUUGUGGAGAAUCCGAGCCCCAUGCGGAUCCUGUGAAGGAUUUGACGUCAGCCCGAUGGAUGAAAUGGUGCAGCGCUCUCUGGACUUCCGGGAGUCUCGCGAGGCAGAACCUCACCCCCUGUGGGAAUACCCGUGCCGAGCCUUGACGGAGUCGCGCUCCGUUAUGACCUUUGACUUCCAGCAGUGUGUCCCUGAGCAGCCAAUCAGAAGCCAGGGAACGUUGCCUCUUACUGGGAGAGGGCGCUGUCACGGCGUGGCCUUGUGGAUGGAGUACAGCCUGACUGAUGACAUCACCGUCAGCAUGGGUCUGACCGAACCCGUCAACGAGGAGGGAGUGUGUGUGUGGAGUCCGCAUCGAAAGCAGGGAGUGUAUUUCUUACCGAAUCCAUGGGACAGCCCAGGAGACGGACAGACAAGCAUGUCCUACAACCUGACCUUCGACCCCAGUAUUGGCGACAUCAGAAUGGACUUUUCACUCACUCAGACUGGACCCAGUGAAAUGUACUGAUUCACUCAGCAGGAUUUAUUCCCCUGUAACACAGAUUGUUGUGAUGUAAAGACGGUCUUGCAGCAGAUGCUGUGUAAUGUUGAUGUGAAUGUUAAUCCGGUUUUAUCUGAGUUCUGACAGUUCUCUGGUUUUACUUCUCUGCUUUCGUUUGUUUUUCUGGGGCUCUGAGGUUAAUGUAAGUAAGAACUGAUAAUUGAUCUCACGUAAAUCUGUAAAUCUCAGCUCUAAAAUGUAUCCAGUGAUGUGUUAUAUAAACUCUAUAAACAACA